GGUUCCACUCCGCUGCAUUACGCUGCUCGAGGAGGCUGCAUGGCUGUGGUCGAGGCACUCAUCCAGAAGGGGAGCGAUGUCAAGGCCACGGAGGGAGUCUAUGGAAGGACGGCCUUGCACUUGGCUGCGUCUUCAGGGAACACGGGAGCGCUGGAGGCCCUUGGGAGGCGAGGGGCAGAUGUGGAUGCCGUGGACGACGAAGGCAACACACCCCUGCAUCGAGCUGCCAUCAAGGGCAACCUCCUGGCCUUGUGCACUCUGGUGAUGUUCAGGGCCUCCAUGAAGAAGAAGAACAAGGAAGGGAAAACGCCUAGUCGCCUGCUGACGAUAUCGCUUAUUCAGGCGAAUAAACUGCUUGCAGUCGAAAACGAAAGGGUGAAAUUGCAAAUGGAAAACAAGAAGCUGGAG